ACCGACAUUAUUCCAGCAAUCCAUUUUGAUUUCCUAUUCCCACGAAUCACACUGACCGCGUGCUUGGCGUGUGACCGGUAGAUAAAAACUUGUUGUAAACUUUAUUUUUUUAUUAAUAUUUAAAAAUGAAAGGCGACAAAAAUGUCGACAUUCAAAACCUUAAGGAUAUGGCUAACAGGCUAAGGAUCGACAGCAUCGUUGCAACAAAUGCUUCAAAAUCCGGUCACCCCACAUCAUGCGCGUCAAUGGCAGAGAUCAUGUCGGUGCUGUUCUUCCACACAAUGAAAUACAAGAUAUCAGCACCUCGUGAUCCCUCCUCAGACAGAUUUAUACUUUCCAAAGGACAUGCAGCUCCGAUUCUAUAUGCAGCGUGGGCUGAAGCAGGUCUCUUCCCCCUUGAAGAUUUGAAGAACCUUCGUAAAAUCGACUCUGAUUUAGAAGGUCAUCCCACACCAAGACUGAACUUUAUCGAUGUAGGCACUGGCUCUCUUGGCCAGGGACUGGCCGUGGCGGCCGGUAUGGCGUAUGUUGGGAAGUACUUCGACCAGACAUCAUACAGGGUGUACUGUUUGGUGGGAGACGGUGAGGCUGCUGAGGGCAGUGUGUGGGAGGCGCUGCACUUCGCCAGCCACUACAAACUAGACAACUUAGUUGUGAUCUUUGAUGUCAACCGUCUUGGACAAUCUGAGCCCACUUCACUACAACACCAGAUGGACGUCUACGACGCACGACUAAAAGCCUUCGGAUUACACUCACUGGUAGUCGACGGACACGACGUCAGCGAACUCAUCAAAGCCUUCGACGAAGCCGCCACGAUCUCCGGCAAGCCGACCGCCAUAGUCGCCAAGACCUUCAAGGGCAAGGGCUUCCCCGGUAUCGAGGACAAGGACAACUGGCAUGGCAAGGCGCUGGGCGCAGAAGGAGAGAAGAUCAUCAAGCACCUGCAGGCGCAGAUAAAGAACCCGGGCUGGAAGCCGCAAGUGAGCGCGCCGCAGUGCGAGGCGCCGCGCGUGCACGUGCGCGACAUCACGCUGUCGGCGCCGCCCGCGUACGAGCGCGGCGCGCGCGUCGCCACGCGUCUCGCCUACGGAAACGCGCUGCGCAAGAUCGCCGACACCAACCUUCGGGUGAUAGCGCUAGACGGCGACACCAAGAACUCGACGUUCAGCGACAAGCUGCGUAAUGCAUACCCGGAGCGCUACGUGGAGUGCUUCAUCGCGGAGCAGACGCUGGUGGGCGUGGCCACGGGCGCGGCGUGUCGCUCGCGCGCCGUCGUGUUCGCGUCCACCUUCGCCGCCUUCUUCACGCGCACGUUCGACCAGAUCCGCAUGGGUGCUAUCAGUCAGAGCAACAUCAACUUGGUGGGGUCUCACUGUGGUGUCAGCAUCGGAGAGGAUGGACCCUCGCAGAUGGGGCUCGAGGAUCUCGCCAUGUUCAGAGCUGUACCCACCGCCACAAUCUUCUACCCCUCGGACGCCGUGUCGACGGAGCGCGCGGUGGAGCUGGCCGCCAACACGAGCGGGAUCUGCUACAUCCGCACGUCACGGCCCGAGACUGACAUCCUGUACACCGCCGGGACCACCUUCAAGGUGGGCGAGGCGAAGGUGGUGCGUGAGAGCCCGGCCGACAAGGUGCUGCUGGUGGGCGCCGGAGUCACCCUGCACGAGGCGCUGGCCGCCGCCGACCUGCUGCAGAAGGAAGGCAUAGCGGCUCGAGUACUGGACCCGUUCACUAUCAAGCCUCUGGACGAGGAAGCGAUCCGUAAACAUACGAAAGCUGUCGGCGGCAGGAUUGUGGUUGUCGAGGACCACUAUCAAGCCGGCGGGCUGGGCGAGGCCGUGCUGUCGGCGCUGAGCGAGGCGCGCGCGGCGCUGCGCCACCUGUGCGUGCGCGCCGUGCCGCGCUCGGGCGCGCCCGCGCAGCUGCUGCACGCGCACGGCCUGUCCGCGCCGCACGUCGCCGACGCCGCGCGCCUGCUGCUGCAGCACUAGGGGCGCUUGGGUCGCGGCUGACCGUUUGUGAUACUGCGAAUUGACCUUGUGAUAAAGUACACCCGGCCGCCGUCGGGGACCGUAGAGACUAUUGGCUCCUAGAUUACAUUCCCGAUGAAACGAAAAUAAAAAAAUCAUUCCCGGAUAUCUCUAUGGUCGAAAUGUUCCUCGUUACUCGCUGUAGUUCACUUCGUAGCGAUUGUUGCGACGUACCUGCCGUGGGAACCUCUAUUUAUACAAUAUAUUUUUUAUUCGAUUCGAUGAACAAUUGAAACGCUUUACUAAUAAUCACUAAAACAGUAGCAGAGUGUUGUUAAUCUGUUUACAUUUCGUCUAAAUGUGUUCGAAAUGAACUACUCUGAAUGAGUAAAUAAAUCUCGUUUUGUGUUUACUGAAAUGUACGGUUGUUAUACAUGUUAUAUUCUAUAUACACUUCUAUGGUAUAGUUGACGUUUUGUAUCAUUUUAUAGUAUAGUGUUAAGUGCCUUUAUAUGUCGCACUGUUUCUAAAUGGAAAUAUGUGAAGGGUUAGUGUAAGGAUAAUUUUGUAUACAUUUUCUAUAGCGCACAAUACCGCUGAUGGUGAAGCUGGAGUUUUAUAAUAGGGACCAAAGUGAAGUUAACUGAUUUAGGGCUUCCGUUGUUAAAUAAAUCACAAUAUCGUAAUCUGGUUAAUUUAUUGGUUUACAUUUUACAUUCCUGUUGCAUUUUUUUCAUAAUCACAGAAUUAUUUGAGUUUUUUCUUAAUAAAGUUUAUUGAGUACAAAA